AUGGAUGAGACACAGGUGCCUCUGGCCAUGACUGUACAUCUCCUCGCCAGCUCUGGGCACGGCUCGCUUCUGCAGCAGACUCUGGACCAGCUCCUGGAUUGCAUUUGCCCAGAGGUCCGUCUGUUUCUGGUGUCCGAGCGGGUCCGUCCAGUGAAACACUAUGAAAAGUACCAGCCCAAGCGGUCCCGGUUCCCGGGGAUGUCUGUCUUGCUCUUCCUGCAGGAACGCCUCGGAGAGGAGCGGCUAUUUCGUGUCCUGGGCUCCCUACAGCAUUCACCCUGGCAGUGCUACCCCACCCAGGCUGCGCAGGGGAGGCCGUGUCCCCAUCUUCUUGCCAAUCAGGAGUUCUACAGCCUGGACAACCAGAUGCCCGUCUGGGGCGUGAGGCAGGUGCGCGGUGGCACCGAGAUCCUGCGGGUGACACUCUACUGCAGUUUUGAUAACUAUGAGGACGCCAUCAGGCUUUAUGAGAUGAUCCUGCAGACAGAGGCCACCUUGCAAAAGAGUAACUUCUGUUUCUUUGUGCUCUAUGCCACAGAGAGCUUCUCUCUGCAGCUCUCUCUGAAGCAGCUGCCGCUGGGCAUGUCCGUGGACCCAAAAGAGUCUUCGGUGCUGCAGUUCAAGGUUCAGGAGAUCGGCCAGUUAGUGCCUCUUCUACCCAAUCCGUGUGUUCCCAUCAGCAGCACCAGGUGGCAGACACGGGACUACGACGGCAACAAGAUUCUGCUUCAG